AUGCUCGCUUCGCUGCCCUCGAGAACCGUGAAGAAGAGUUUUGCCGGAGCGACGACGGGCCCGAGGCGCGCGCGUCCGCUGAGUGUCGCCGUGAUGGCGCAGAAGAGCCAGGACGAGCUGAAGAAGGAGGCUGCCUGGAAGGCGGUCGAGUACGUGAAGUCGGGCAUGGUCGUCGGCCUUGGCACCGGCUCGACGGCCGCGUUCGCCGUGGACCGCAUCGGCGAGCUGCUCAAGAGCGGCGAGCUGACCGACAUCGUCGGCGUGCCCACCUCCAUCCGGACGUACGAGCAGGCCAAGUCUCUCGGCAUCCCGCUGGCGACCCUGGACGAGCAGCCGAAGCUCGACGUCGCGAUCGACGGUGCUGACGAGGUGGACCCGAACCUCGACGUCGUCAAGGGCCGUGGGGGUGCUCUGCUGCGGGAGAAGAUGGUCGAGAUGGCGUCCGACAAGUUCGUCUGCAUCGUUGAUGACUCGAAGCUCGUGUCUGGUCUUGGGGGGUCGAAGCUGGCGAUGCCCGUUGAGAUCGUCCAGUUCUGCUGGAAGUACAGCCUCAACCGUCUGAAGUCGCUGCCCGAGGUUGCUGGCUGCGAUGCGAAGCUGCGCAUGGAGGGGGACAAGCCGUACGUGACGGACAACGGAAACUACAUCGUCGACCUGUACUUCGAGAACGAGCCGAUCAAGGACCCGAACGCUGCUGCCGAUGCGAUCCUGGCCUGCGAGGGCGUCGUGGAGCACGGUCUGUUCAUGAACAUGGUGAACGUGUGCAUCAUCGCCGGCAAGGAAGGUGUCGAGGUGAAGGAGAGGUCGUGA